CUAGCUAACAGUGUAGCUUUCUCGCAGAGGACAGGCUGACAUCUAUUAGCAUGGCGUUGUAGCAGCAUCUUUUCAGUUAGCAUCAACUAAUGUUGGUAGUACUGGAUCGAUGAACUGCGCAUACGUGAUGUAUUUCAAUGUGUAUGAUCAACGGAAACAGAUUAAUGUUACUCAAUGUCACGAAGAAGUUUUCCAACUUGGGGGGCGGGCUUCCUUUGUUUGAAAGAUAUUUUGAGCACAGAGGCCUAUCAUCAGUCAGAAUGAGUGUUGGAUUCAUUGGAGCGGGCCAGCUGGCUCAUGCACUGGUCAAAGGUUUCACGGCUGCAGGUGUGAUCGCUACACACAGAAUCACAGCCAGCUCCCCAGACACUGACCUGCCCACUGUCACUGGCCUCAGGAAAAUGGGGGUGAACUUGACAACAAGUAAUAAAGAGACAGUCAACAAAAGUGAUGUGCUCUUUCUGGCUGUCAAGCCACACAUUAUCCCGUUUGUUUUGGAUGAAAUUGGGCCAGACAUUGAAGACCGUCAUCUGAUUGUCUCUUGUGCUGCAGGUGUCACAAUCAGCUCCAUUGAAAAGAAACUGCUUCAGUAUCGUACAGCCCCUAAAGUCAUGAGGUGUAUGACCAACACUCCAGUGGUGGUGAAAGAAGGAGCAACAGUAUAUGCUACUGGCACUCAUGCAGAGGUGGAAGAUGGGAAGUUGCUGGAGCAGCUGAUGGCCAGUGUUGGCUUCUGUACUGAGGUGGAGGAGGACCUCAUUGACGCCGUCACCGGCUUGAGCGGAAGUGGACCUGCCUAUGCAUUCACAGCGCUGGACGCAUUAGCAGAUGGAGGAGUGAAGAUGGGUCUGCCCAGGAGACUCGCUGUGCGACUUGGAGCUCAGGCCCUAUUGGGAGCAGCUAAAAUGCUGCUGGACUCCGAGCAGCAUCCUGGCCAGCUGAAGGACAACGUGUGCUCACCAGGUGGCGCAACCAUUCACGCCCUGCAUGUUAUGGAGAGUGGGGGCUUCCGCAGUCUGCUGAUCAAUGCAGUGGAGGCCUCUUGUAUUAGAACACGGGAGCUACAGUUUCUGGCUGAUCAAGAACGCAUUUCUCCAGCAGCCAUUAAGAAGACCACGCUGGACAAAGUGCUCCAGCAGCCUGGAGUCGCAGUCAGCGGAGUGGCCAAUGGAAACGGCAGAUCAGGGCUCAGCCUGUUCAACAACAAUCGCAACUCUGGAAUCAAGAAAAAGAACUGAUUGUAAAGAAAAGCAGAAACACAAACUAAAAACAUUUCAGAUUACCAAUUUACAGGUGGACAUGCGUCUCAUACACCCCUCAGUCAUGCAUCAUGCAGGUCUCAGGAGGUGUCUGAAAAGACCAGACCAAUGAUACAUAUUUCUGUCACCAAAUUAUUUAUUUCAGCCUAUUAUUUUCUAUUACAGUGAAUCUCACAGACACGUGUGCAUCUGUGUUGCACCACUACUCUUUCAUGUGCACAUCCGCAUAGAUAAGGGGAAAGUGCAUUUUGUCUGUUCAAAGGCAAAUACCUUUUGUCUGCUCAAUAGACACUCAAUAGCAUUUAUAAUGGGGAUGUUAUCAAGAUACUCAUCAUUCAUUACCGGUACUCCCAGUUAGCAUGCAUUUUUGAUUUGUGUAGCUGUGAAUGGCAGUGAAUGAUUAAUUCAAUCUUGUUUUUCAAAGAUUUUUUUUUUUUUUUUUUUUUUUUUUUUUUUUUUUUUUUUUUUUUUUAUAAACCUGCUUAGCCAACAAGGUUGGGUCUGAACCAAAAUGUUUUUUUUUUCUUUAUAUAAACAGUCUUUGUGGACAUAUAAAAAAAAAAAUUUUUGUUUUUUUAUACAAUGAUGAAAGAAUUGGUAACCUUUUCAUUCCUUUUCACAAGUGUCCUAUGUAUCACACGGUCCUGUUCGGCCAUGGUGGUAAAGUAUCACUUCAGUAUAAUCUGUCCUCAUUGUGUUUUCAAAUAUCCCACUUGUUUUAGAUUAACCUUUAAAUUUUGUGAAGGCCACCAUUUAUGGGCUGGUGUUCCAGUUUCAAGCAACAUUAAACAAGUUCAAGCAAAA